UAGGUAAUUACCACUGGAAUCGAGAGAAAGGCGAGAUCAGAUUGUACAGCAGUUUGGAUAGUACGUGACUGCUGUAGCUCUGUGAAAGCCAUUGUGCAAUAUAUAACGUUUUUCAACACUUCAGACAAAGCGAUUUUGUUAUUAAAAUAUUUCUUGCCAGUGUAUUUUGCUUUAUAUGGCCUAACGCCCGAAAUACCCAGUAGCAAGGUAGCCAGCCGUAACAAAUGAAGCUACACAGCGAAAAGCCUUUGCCUCUGAUGGUAUUUAUCCAUGGUGGGCUAUUUAAAAGCGGCGAUUCCUCGAGACGAGCCUGGGGUCCGGAUUAUUUUAUGCGAGAGGAUGUCAUUCACGUGAGCAUCGGAUAUCGUUUGGGACCUUUAGGCUUCGUCAGCUUUGCGGAUCCCUCGCUAAAAAUUCCUGGUAAUGCUGGCCUUAAGGACAUAAUAAUGGCUCUCCGUUGGAUAAAGGCGAAUUCAUCCAACUUCAAUGGUGACCCCGAUAGAAUUACCAUAUUUGGACAUAGCUCGGGCAGUAUGCUCUGUCAUAUGUUGCUGGCCAGUCCACAAACGGAAGGACUGUUUCACAAGGCCGUUCUUAUGGGGGGUAUUUCCAUGGAAGUGAACCGCCUGCCUCAAUUGGAAUACCGUCUGGCCAAACACUUGGGAUACGAGGGAGAGAAUGUAGAUAGCCAGGUUCUAGACUUCCUUUUAAGGGCAGACCCGCACCUGAUCGUCUCUGCGGACUUUUUAACUCCUGUAGAGAAGGGUCAUGGCAUUAUGGCAUUUAAACCUAGCAUUGAGAGCUAUGUGACACCGAAUGCUGUUCUCUUGGCGGAGCCCAUAGAACUGCAGCAUAACUCCUGGAGCAAUCGCAUUCCCAUAAUAUUAGGGGCCUGUAAAGAUGAAGGACUAUUUUGCGUGACCACUUUUAAAAGCGAUCCCAAGGUCUUGCAGAUGUUCCAGGAAUAUCCGGAGCGAGUGCUUCCCUAUGAUCUUAAUAAUCGCUGCGAUUCCGUCCAGAAGCGUGAGAUGGGACUUAAAACGUUGGAAUAUUUCUGUAAGGCCCAUGGUGAAGAACUGAACUCGGAUCACUUCGAAUCCUUAGCCGAGAUCUUCACUCACAAUGCGUUCCAUUCGCUAGACCGAUUCGUCAAAGCCAGAUUGGCUUUCGGCCAGGCACCGACAUAUGUUUACCGAUUUGCUUUCGAUUCGCCGGACUUUAACUUCUACCGCAUUCGAAACUAUGGCAAGGGGCAGCGCGGAGUUAGUCAUUCGGAUGAUCUAGGCUAUAUCUAUGUAUUACCGGCCACUUUUAAAUUAGACAGGUCACGGCCGGAGUUCUCCACGAUUUGGCGAAUGGUAUCAAUGCUGGUGCAUUUCGCAGCUACCUCGGAUCCCAACUCUCACCUUACUAAAACUCUUGUGGAAUGGAAGCCUGCGAGCUCUGGUACUCUAAUGGUCCUCAACAUCACCGAGGAACUAAAGUUUGUUCCUCUUUCCAUGCCUAAACUCAAGUUCCACGAUCACAUGUUUGAACAGGCUGGUGUGGCACUUUUUUAGAUGUGUUCACCUUAUAACAAACCUAAUAGCGGUAAAACCGAGAAUAAAAUUAUGUUUACAACUUGUGCACUUAAUUCUCUUUAUAAUUCGGUAUUAUCACAAUUGUUUUUAAAUUAUUUAAAUAUUUUAAACAUAAACUAAAACAAUUUUUCAAGAGUUAUAAUUGUCAAGAUUCCUACUUUUUCCCCUGUUACUAAAUUUGUAGCAAUUGCUUAUGAA